AUGGUUUCAGUUGAACUUUAUCAGACAAAACAUGGUUUUGUUCAUUUAUUGAUAAAGCCUUCAUCUGAUCCAGAAACAUAUGUAGUCACAGUAGAUUCAACAACAGGAAACCCAAUGUUCGUUGGAAUUCCAAUGGAUGACAUCUUUCCGGAUUAUGGAUUGGCGAUUUCAUACAUUACAGAAAAGUUUGAGUCCAAGCUUAGACUUAAAGGUGAAGGUCUUAUUGGUAUGGCUCAAGCUGAUAAUCAAGUUUUUAUUGCGAUAAUUGAUAAAUCAGAAACAUCUGGCGUUCUUCCAGGCGGCCACACAAUCAAAGUAGUUAAACAUGUCACAUUUUAUUCAAUUAAUACGUCAAAUAACAAACAAGCGAAAAAUCCAUUUGAAGAUUUCCAAUUAAAUGAUAAUCAUUACUUCUGCGAGACAUACGAUUUAACAAGAUUAUAUCCGUCGAAAUUUAAACCAUACGAACCUGACGAAUCUUUCUGCUGGAACAAUGGCUGGACAAAACCAUUCAAAGACAUGGGAAUUCGCAAUUGUUGCAUCACUCUCAUGCAAGGUAUCGGAUAUACAUACGAAGGACCAGAGAAAGAAUACAAAAUCGCUCAUCUUUGCAGAAGAUCAUCUGUAAAUCCAGGAACACGCUAUGCAGCUCGUGGAUUGAACAGCAAAGGAUCUCCAGGCAAUGAAGUUGAAGCAGAAUUGAUCUUUUUCAAGGGAGAAAACUGGGUUUCUGUCAGAUGGAGACGUGGAUCAAUUCCAAUUCACUGGGCAACCGUUCUAAACAGCAAAGUUUCCUCUCCUAUACACUGUGUCGACAAAGAAAACUACUUUGAAGGAACUCCUGAAUAUUUUAUCUCAUUAAAAGAAAGGUUUGGAGUUCCAGACAUACGCUGCGUCUCUCUUUUACAGACAAACGAAGGCCAUUCCGAAGCAGAAAUCCUCGAAUACUUCAAAACAGCGAUUACAAGAUUAUACGACGCCGGAGUUGACAAUGUCUUCUACACACCGUUCGAUUUGAACCAGAGAUUACACGAAGAUGGCUCCGGUGAAGCCAUGAACGACUUUGUUUCUUAUAUCGGACCGAUGAUGGACGAUGCCGGCUUCAACAUCGGCCAAGGCCUCGAAAUCAAGGAACUCCAGAAGUCCCUCUUAAGAUUUAACUGCGCAGAUAGCUUGGAUAGGACGAACUUGGCAACUUUCUACUUCGCACUUUUUGUAACCGCCAAAUGGUGCCGAGAAAAUGGAUAUGCGAACAAAGUCGACGAGAACGCACUUCCCAACGAAGUUGUACCGCAGCAUAUCAUUGAUUUCCUCGCUAAAUCAUUCGUAGAGUGCGGAAACAUCGUUGCGAUGCUUUAUACGAAUACUCCCGCAAUUAAAGUUAAAGCGAUCAAGAAAUUCAGCCCGUCAUUAGAGAAUACAUCGAAUGAUACCGCGAUUACACUACAACGCCGUCUGGAAAACGUCAUGAAUGACCAUGUCAGACAAAGAACAAUCGAAUUAUGGACAGAUCCUACACCUUUGACAUGGUCUCACAGACUAAGUCACACAUACAUCAGAGUUAUCGAAGGAGCUCCACACAUGAUCGUUGAAAAUACAGUCAGUGCCUUCAAAUUAGAAAAAGGCACUUUAAUCAUCGGAUUACAGACACCUAUGCUUCUCACAGCAGUCCUAGUAAUGUUCCUACCAGCAAGAGAUGAGUCUCCGCACUUCAUGAAGAUCGAAACAGGACUUACAAUUGAUGAUCUCUCCGAAAUUGCAAAUCUUACACUUCCAACCAUAGAAAACGCCAUGUGGUCACGUUACAGGGUCGGCAUGCAAGAGAAAUGGGGCUAUUCCCACAAAGGAAACAAGUUCAUUCGCUUCAUCAAAUUUACUUUUUCAGAAGAGAAGCCAAUUGUCAUCGGAAACAUCAAAAUCGAAGCGAAAUCAUGCCCAAGCCAAGCAGGAAUCAUCACAUUACAAGACUGCAAACAACCUGACGAACAAACUCUUAAAAGAUUCGAUUACGGUUUUAACGGUUUUGUAAACUCCAAACGGACCUUAUCUGAUGCAUUGUCAUUAGAGAAACUCCGACUUGGUCUACAUGUUCCUGAUGAAAUACGUGUUGAAUUAGCCCUAAAAAGUGGAAUUUCUCCAUGGCAAUGUGAUUCUUUCUCGAGAAUCACUGCUGCUUCCAAUGAUUUCUGCUGCAACUGCAUGAAGAAGCUCCAGGAGAACGAGAUGAUCUACAGAAUGAGACAGGCAUGGCUCUUACAAGGUCUAAUUGUAGAAGAAGAUAAACUUGGCCAGCCAAAAACGAUAAAUAUCUGUCAGAACUGCAUAGACGAAAUAUUCGCAUAUUCCCACGGAACAGAACCGUAUGAAGAUGCUUAUCGUACAGCCGUCAAACCGCCAAAAUCGCCGACGAUAACUUUACCAUUCAAUGAAGUUGUUGAUUCUACGAAAGACAUUUCCUCGAACACACAGGCUUUCGUUUACAAAGGAAAUGAUAAGAUUUUGACAGAAAAAUUUGAAGUCAAAGAUUCACUUCACUUCACUUUAUCAUUUACACCGAAUUCCAUUUUAUCUUUUGUUUGUUUUGAUACAGAUACAGAAUUUCAAGUCAAAAUCCAAGAUAAAAUUUGCCAAAAAGUGGCACUGUCAGACAAUAGAAUUAUAUACAAACUUGAAGAGCCUUUGAUAUCUAAUUUAGUAGAUUUUGAGAUUAGUUGUGAUGGUGUCCAUUCUGUAGAUAAUUUCAGAGUUUUUGGAAGUGUCAUGGAGAUAAACGAACAAAAUCCAAUUGACAUCAAAAACUACCAAGGAAAAGUGAUUUCUUACGACAUCCCUGUUCAGAUGUUUACUGACGGAAACAUAAGACAGGAGAAGUGCCAGAUUUUGGACAAAAACCCAAUCCACAAAUUUGUUGUGGAGAUGAGAGUUGGAGGUCCAAACAAUUUGAGUUUCGUGAUUCAGUUUAAAUCGCAAGGAAAAACUGUUUACGAAAAGAAAAUUAUUUUGCCUGAGACAUCCCCAGGAAACAGGAUGUCCUUCAAGACUGAUUGUACUCAGCCUUGCGAUGCUGUCGUUGUUAAUUACUUAGAUAGAACAUCUUUCUUUAGACAACCUCUUUUCAGAUUUAUUUAUAAGAAAUAA